GCGAGGCAGAGAGCGUUUGCCUCACUUCAUCGCCUUGUCGGCGAAGGACAUAUCCAACGCUGGGGUAUUCUGAUGAAUAUUCUGUAGAACUGGGCUCUGUUUAUUUAUUAUUGGGCACUGAUUUAAUGACCAAAAUGUAUGUUAUUGUACUGGUCCAGCCAUAGACAACAAACCUAUAGGAUCCGGGUGCUUCGUAGAGCCAAGAGAUUCAUUCAGACUCGUUCUAUAGCGCAAGGUUUGCUUUGUUCAGUGGCUGCAUUCGACAGAAAUUGACAUAUAGCCUAUUGUCCAACAUGGACAAUUUGGAGAAAGGGAAUCGAUCAGACGAAGAUAUAGAAUCACCUGAAGAGGAAGAAGUGGACCCCAGAAUUCAGGGUGAACUAGAAAAGCUAAAUCAAUCCACAGAUGAUAUCAAUCGAUGUGAGACAGAACUGGAGGACGCAAGGCAGAAAUUCCGUUCCGUGCUCGUAGAAGCUACAGUGAAACUGGAAGAACUGGUUAAGAAGAUUGGCAAGGCAGUGGAGGAUUCCAAACCAUACUGGGAGGCUCGGCGUGUGGCCCGUCAGGCCCAGCUGGAGGCCCAGAGGGCUACACAGGAAUUCCAGAGAGCCACAGAGAUGUUACGGGCGGCCAAGGAGACCAUCGCCCUAGCUGAGCAGCGGCUACUGGAGGAGGACAAGCGGCAGUUUGAUUCAGCCUGGCAGGAGAUGCUCAACCACGCCACCCAGAGGGUAAUGGAGGCAGAGCAGACUAAGACACGUAGUGAGCUCAUACACAAGGAGACAGCAGCCAAGUACAAUGCAGCCAUGAGCCGCAUGAAGCAACUGGAGAAGAAACUAAAGCGCACAAUCAACAAGUCCAAACCCUAUUUUGAACUGAAAGCAAAAUAUUACUUACAACUUGAGCAAUUGAAGAAGAAUGUGGAUGACUUACAAGCCAGGCUGACCCUGGCCAAGGGUGAAUACAAAACAGCGCUACGCAACCUGGAGAUGAUCUCCGAUGAGAUCCAUGAGCGCCGCCGCUCCUCAGCCAUGGGGCCGCGGGGGCGGGGAGUUGGUGCUGAGGGUGACAGCAGCUCUGGUGAUGACAUCACAAACUUCAAGAUGGAGUCUGACGGCAUCUCCAUGGCAUCGGAGUCCUUCGAGGAGGACAACUGCGGCAUCGCCAUGUCAGAGGAGGACUCAGAGACCCAGUCCACCUGCAGCUUGAGCUCUGAGAAUGCCAGCCCUGUGGAUCUGCUCUGCCCCUUCCCCCCUUCCUCACCCUCUCCCUCCUCUUCCUCCUCCUCACCAUCUCCCUCACCCUCCUCCCGCCCCAGCAGCCUGGACCUGCCCAGUCCCAUUUCCUUGUCAGAUUUUGGCUUGAUCUCACCUGUCCUGGGGCCUAGGAGUGAGUGCAGUGGAGCUUCUUCACCCGACUGUGACCUGGAAAGAGGUGACCGGGCAGAAGGGGCAGAGAGUGAUCUGGACAACGUCCUCAACAACAACACCACCAACCAUAAGAAAAGCUUGGGACUGGACAGCCGCUUCGGACGUCUGUCCCUGAAGCGCACAAAGAUGGAUAGCGCCAAGAAUACCGAACGUGACCGAUUUAGCUUGGCCCGGCUACCUGCCCCCGCUAUGGUUCUAUUCAAUGGGGUGUGAGGACAGGGUGUAUCCUCCCCCCAUACCCCAUCCAUCCCCACCUCCCCAUCUGUGCCAACCAUCUCUCAUCUCCCCCACUGAUAAGCUCAACCUGACGGUCAUACAUGUGCAUCACAAGUGACCACAACCACAAAUGUUACUGCAAAUCAUUUCUGAUGAUGCUGCUUAGAGAUGUGAUGUGAGCCCUCUUGUUUUAAUAUAAGGGCACAUGCUGGUCACCUUUUCCCUAUUAGGUAGUGGUCAUUCAGGACAGGACGAGGUGCAGUGUUCAUCGGAACAGUGUGGUGUUGACUGUUAUUGACUUGAUCCCCAUAUCCCUCACCCCCAUGACUGGCUUUCCCCUCCUACACCUUCUAGAGAGCUGUCUAGAGAGCAGGAUAACCCAAACACCCCAUGUCCACUGUGCAGGGACAUUCACAUUGAGAUAUGUUCAGGCUUUCGGUUUUUCAAUUAAUUUAGCUCACUGAGGUAUAAAGCUUAAAAUAUGUAAACAUCAUUGACUUCAGUGCUAUCAGAGAUGCACCGCCUGCAAAACUCUAGUCCACCAUCUCUGAACCUGUCAACGGCCUGUUUUCCUGGAGCUAACUGCAGAUCAGGUUGUUGUAUAUCAGUCUACAGGCUUGGUUUAGCUUAGUUGCAUGGUCGCACUGCAGUUUACAUCACAGAAGGAC